CGCGCGCCUGGUCCACGAUUGGAGAACGUGAUCGCGGGGCGGGGCUUAGGCUGCGCAUGCGCACGCCGGGGUCCUGUCCCUCUGUACGACCUCGGCGUCUGCGCCAUGGCGGCCCGGCUCGUGCUGUGGCGAGGACGAGCUCGGGCGCUGAAGGCUGUGCUCCUGGAGGUGCAGGUGUUCCGAGGACUUGCGUCUACAGUGCCCCUCUCUGCAGAGUCAGGGAAGGAUGGAAAGGGACUUCAUCCAAAUCUCAAGAAGCCCGGUCUGCCCAAAGAUGUAGUGGAACCAGAGAGAGGCCAGCUCCUAGCCACCCACGCAGCAGCACCGCUGCCCAAAAGCCCGUCUCCACCCAGUUCUUCCCCUGCUGUGGGGAGCAAAGGUGUGGCGCUAGCUGGCCCGCACCCUGGUGGCAGCCCACCGUUCACGGAUGAAGGGCUUCUGAAACCUUUGUCAAGAAAGACUUUGGUAGAGUUUCCUCAGAAAAUUCCAGCUCCGUUCCAAGUACAGGGUUCUAACUUGAAGGCUCAGCAGCAUGCCCAGAAAGCAAGAGAUGAUUCAUCCUCAUCCUCUUCCUCAUCCAGCUCCUCUGACUCAGAGUCUGAUGAGGAGGAGCACGACUCAGAAGUUGAUCACAGAAUGGCAGGCCGAGGCAAGGGAGGGCUUUCCAAAGCAGAGACCCCCCACCCCUUUGAGAACAGAGCCCCCCAAAUUGCAGUAUAUGCAAAAGAGAAAGCUAAGGUGCAAAAGUUACGUGCCGACAUCACCCGCCCAGAGAAGCCCCAGCAGCCAAGGAAGAAAGGGACCAUCUCUAAGCCUUCAGAGGACAGAAAAGAGGCCAAACUUGAGUCUGCAGUGCCCAGAUCACAGUCCAGUAAGGAGGUCUUAAAGCAGACCAUGAAGGAAGAACAGCUGCAGGGAAAGAGCCCAAAGCCAGCGGAAGCUGACCACACAAAAGCCAGAUCAUCUGCAGGGCUCAGUGAUGGCCCAGUGCCCAUGCUGAGAGCAGAAGAGGCCAGGGCAGGGAGACAGCCGCCAGCUGCUGCCCCUGGGUCCCAAGGAAGACAUUUGGAACCCAAAGAGCCAGAGCCUGGAUGGAAGGCAGCUCCUCCCCUGACCAAGGAAGAAAACCUGGGGAAGCAAGGGCCCGAGAGCCACUUGAAGGCCAAGGUGGAGAUCUUGGAAGGUCAGGAACCAGUGAGAUUCCUGAAGACCAUUCCUGAUCAAAAGAAAGGUGUCUUGGAUGAGAAGACAGCAGGACCAAGACUGGAGGGGAAGUGUGAGGCAACAGUUGAUGAAGCCCAGCCCAUCGACCCAGCCCCACCCCAGGAGGCCCGAGGCGACGCACAGGAGCCCACUCAGGCACCCCUGCCUCCUGAGCCGACUGACACUACCACCUAUAAGAACCUCCAGCAUCACGACUACAACUCCUAUACCUUCCUGGACCUGAACCUGGACCUCUCCAAGUUCAGGAUGCCACAACCCUCUUCCGGGCGAGAGUCUCCUCGGCACUGAACUCUGCUCAGGUUGACCCUGUGUCCUGGUACAUUCUGGUCUGUAAGAAUAAAGUCAGAGUCACAAACUCCA